AUGACUCUGAUUUCUCAUAAUUUACAAACAUUGGUACCCAAUCGAAAAAUAAGCAUGCCAUCGAAUGUAUAUAGCAUAGCGGACUUCAAGUUUAUCGUCGUAAGGGUGGCUUGUCCGAUCUGCGAAAAGUUUUUCGAAGACGAGGACCGGCUUCGGUCCCACCAACUGAAAGUACACGUACAAAACCGUUUAAUGGAUUCUGACGUUUGCAAGAAACCUUUUGAAAUGAAAAAAUCCUCGUUGAAACGUAUGAAAUCUUCGCGGCUACGUCGUAAUUUUGAAAGUAAACCAUUGAAUCCCUUGAAAUCCUGGCGGUGCUUCCAGUGCGGCAAGCAAUAUGUGCACAAGGCCUCGCUGUCGAAACACAUUCGAGUAGAGUGCGGCAAGGAUCCCACUUACCAAUGUCCGGCUUCGCCGAGGGUCACGGUGAAGAACAUCGAGAACCUGGGGUACAAGAGGAGACCGAAGAUACUCAAGUGCGACAGGUGCGGAAGGUGCUAUCAGCUGCAGACGUCGCUCAAGAGACAUCAGAAACUCGAGUGCGGCAUCGAGCCAAAGUUGAGCUGUCCGAUUUGCGGGAAAAAGUUCACGCAUAAGCACAAUCUAACGAAUCAUCUACCCUCUUGCAGAAGAAAACGCAUAGACGCCAUCUCGCACGUCGUCUACCCCCGUAUGGAAGAAAAUCUGCGACGAUCUUAA